AGACUCAAUUUUAAAGCAAAAAAUUAUAUGAAUAUUUCUUUCUAAUUUUUUUUUCUUCGUGGAUUUUCUUUGUUUGGAUCAAAGGGUCUGCAAAAUGUGAGGGAAUACGCAGUUCAGAGCCGGUGAACAAGCCUCGGAGCAUAGCGCUUAUAUUUAAUUCAUCAUUCAUGGCUUCAACUGGUAUGGCGCCCACUUCAGCAGGUGGAAAACCUACUGGUAAUACUGCAUUCGUUGACACACUCCCAGAGGAGAUCAAUGAGAUGAAGAUCAAGGAUGAGAAAGUUGAAAAGGAAAUGGAAGCUACAGUGGUGGAUGGAAAUGGAACUGAAACAGGGCAUAUUAUAGUUACCACUAUUGGUGGUAGAAAUGGUCAACCCAAGCAGACCAUAAGUUACAUGGCUGAGCGUGUUGUUGGUCAGGGCUCUUUUGGAAUUGUAUUUCAGGCUAAGUGUCUAGAAAGUGGAGAAACUGUAGCAAUCAAGAAGGUUUUACAGGACAAGAGAUAUAAAAACCGUGAGUUGCAAACAAUGCGCCUACUUGAUCAUCCCAAUGUUGUGUCACUCAAGCACUGCUUCUUUUCAACAACUGAUAAGGAUGAGCUCUAUCUUAAUUUGGUGCUCGAAUAUGUUCCCGAGACUGUAUAUCGUGUAGCAAAGCACUAUAGUAGAGCAAAUCAGCGAAUGCCUCUGAUAUAUGUCAAACUCUAUACAUACCAGAUUUGUAGAGCUUUGGCAUAUAUCCAUGGGGGUGUUGGUGUAUGCCACAGGGACAUUAAGCCACAGAAUCUUCUGGUUAAUCCCCAUACUCAUCAGGUCAAGCUAUGUGAUUUUGGAAGCGCAAAAGUUCUGGUAUAGUCUUCUUGAUUAUUUCAUAAUUCUUAUUUGGAAAUUACAAUGUUGCUCCGUUUCAUUGUCGAUAUGAGUAUUGGUGUUGUCAUUUUCUCAAAAAUGUUAUAUAAGAUAUAUAACUUUUGUAACUACGUAUCUUGCUUCUUUUCUUUUUGCUAUUGAUUUUUCUCAAUAUAUCUAAACUGUACUACUUUUCGUCCAUGCAGUGUUUGUAUUGCUUAUCAUCCAUUGUCUUAUAACUGGUCAAAGGCGAGCCAAAUAUAUCAUAUAUCUGUUCUCGAUAUUAUCGAGCACCUGAACUCAUAUUUGGGGCAACAGAGUACACAACUGCAAUUGACAUAUGGUCUGUUGGUUGUGUCCUUGCUGAAUUGCUUCUUGGACAGCCUCUCUUUCCUGGUGAGAGUGGAGUUGAUCAGCUUGUUGGGAUUAUUAAGGUAAUUUUCAUUUCAAACUUGGUGGCAUGAGGUGGAAUUUGUAUCGAUAAAUGCACCAAAAAAUUGAUGCAACCGUUAAUCGGAUAAAUGAACUUAAUUAAAAAUCUUUUUGGUACUUGGGACGCCAACUCGGGAGGGGAUAAAAUGCAUGAAUCCAAACUAUACAGAGUUCAAAUUCCCUCAAAUUAAGGCUCAUCCUUGGC